AUGGAGACGCCUGAAAACACUGCGGAAACAGACUUGACUAUAAAAAUAACUGUCACCCGUGGAAAUAACCUGCAAGGGAGAAAGACAGACAGCUUCCAGAGUUUUCUGCAGGUUGAAGUGGAUGGUAUGGUCCUGGGAGAGUCAGACAAGAAGCAGUUCGACCCUGUGGAGAGGCGUGUUGACUACAACUUUACCUGCAGCUUCGACUGUCCCAGUGAUGCACAGGCUCUCAGUAACAUGGCCCAUAAACCAAUAAUAUUGACAGUGACAGAGGUCCUGCCUGAGGAGAAGAAAGUUGAGGCAAAGACAGUGGUGCUGGGCCAAGCUGUGGUCGACCUGCUUCCACUGCUGCAAGGUCAAUGCAGCUUCUCGUCCACUGUCCCACUGAAUCCAGUGACAAGCCCUUCCGCCAAAGAGUCCUCUCAGACAAUAUAAUUAAACGGUUUAGAAACAAAAUGUAAAUGUGCCUCAUCCUUUAACCCCCUUUAGCAAUCCACCUUGGAUGUGUGUGUCAGUGUGCCAGCUCCAGUUCUGUCUGAGGCAGAACUCUCAGCCUCCAACCUGCUGAAGGUAACCAUAGAGACAGCCUACUCUGUCCCUGAGUCGUGGAUGCUGCUGUCUAGCCCUGCCCCCACUCCCUCCACUUAUACUGCUGCCCUUGAGGUCCCGCUUACUGCAGAGAAAGAUCAGGUGCUGGUGUUCUGUGAAGGGCAGCUGAAGGCAGGGGGGCAGAGGGAGGAAAAGGGCAGGCAGAGGAAGAGGCCCCAUCAGGCCCUGCUGGUCCCAGGGAACCACUUCAUGCCAGGAGCCUUUUUCCAGUCAGAGCCCACCGAACAGGAGGUCGGCGAACUGACUGGCUUAGAGGACCAGGAGUUUCGUAACGAGGCAGAGAUCAGGAAGAAUAGGGUGAGCUGGGACACAGAGAUGUGCUGCUUCCUGGAUGCAGGAGGAACUGCCAGGCUACGACAGAGGAUCACUGAGAGCAGACUGUGGCCGGUGGAGAUCAUGAAGACAUUGGCUCCGCUUGGAAAGGCAGCAGAAACCAAGCAGCUUUCUGAGGAGAACCCAGAGAUCCCCUUCCAUGGCGUGGCGUUUGUGGACAUGGGGCGGCUGCUGUAUCCUGGAGCCAGCCGGAUCCAUGGAGCAUACAGCAUUCAUCCCUUCUCCGAGGCUGAGUUGCUGAAUAAGGCCAAGCGGAGUGUCAGUGUGUUAAAGGAGCAGGCCAAGGCUGCAGCCAGCCAGACCAAAGCUCGUGCCAGCUCGUCUGCAGGCUCUUACAAGGCAAAGGCAGGGAGGAACUUGGAUGGAGGCAACAAGGGAGCCAAGGAUUCAAAGGAGUCAGCCAAAAAGCAGCCUGGCAAUCACAACAGGACGGCUGCAGCCGACAGCGUGGCUGACAGCCUGACCGAAACUGAGCCGCACGUCAAUACAGAGGCAAAUAUGUAUGUGGAGGCCAGAACUUAUAUUAUCAUUGAGAUAGCCUUGGAAAAACCGCUGGUGCCCAAAACAUCUCCAGAGGAACUGGCCAGAAGGGUGAAGGCACUGAUCCCGCCCAGGCCUCCACCUCCAGCAGGUCCCAGCAGAGCAGAAAGAGCAGUGCUGGACUUCCACAGGCAGGUUUGCAACGUGGUGGCCCAUGUUUCAGACCAGUAUAAGGAGCUGUUUGAAUCACGGUGCAAGCUGUUGAAAGACUGCAGCCAGGAGCAAAUGAAGGUUCAGCUCAUGGGAACGCUCAAUGUCUCUGGGAGAUACUUUGCCUUCAAGGAACAGAUGAAGCAUGCAGUGGUGAGGCUUGUGCGUGACAAGAUGCAGAAGACAGAGCCAUUCACUGACCCUCAGGAGCUAAAGGCUUUUGUCAGCAAGCUCUAUGUCUACCUGGUGGAUGAGAUGCACGUAGCGCUUAAUGAGAUUUAUUCAGAUGACGUCAACGAUGACUCCCCGGAUGCGAUCCAGUUGACUUCUUCUCAGCUCAGACAUUUUGCCAGGGAGGCUCAGCUUACUGGGGAUUAUCAGCAGGCUGCUCAGUACUACCAAGAGCUAGUAGUGAGGCACCCCAGCGAGCCCUCCCACAAGUUUGAGUGGGGGAGCCUCUACAUGCUGACUGGGGACUACAUGAAGGCUAAAGAGUGUUUUCAUGAGGCCGUGUCCGUCCAGCAGGCACACCAGCCCAGCCUGAUGAUGUGUGGGGUCUUGGCGGCGACAUUUGAGCAUUAUGAGGAGGCCCAUACCUUCUUGGAGCGAGCCACCAACAUAGACCCGCCCAGUGUGGUGGCCUGGACGCUGCUGGGUUUGCUCCACGAGAGCUGCAACGAAUCCAUCCUGGCUGAGAGGGCUUUUCUGGAGGCCAGGAGGCAGCUUAAGGCAGAUGAAGCAAAGAAGCAAACACAGAGGGAGGAUGAGGAAAAAAACAAGAAGGAAAAAGUCCAGCUGGAGGAAGAGGAGACAGCUACUCCUGCACAUCAGUCUCCCACUGACCAUCAAGACCCAAACUUUGUUGACCAGGACUCAGAGAUGCACAAAGAGUCUUCAGCACAGAGUGUCAGCUCCAGAUCAGUUCCUGUAACAUUUUCCUCCACCAUUUACAGAGAGGCUGUCCGGUUCCUGCUGCAGAACAAUGCCCUGCAGAUGGCAGAGCACGCUCUGUCCCUGGAGCUGCUGUGUUCAGAUGGUGGUCGCAGUGUCUCCUACCUCCUCCAUCUGGCCCAGCUGCAGCUGCUCAAAGCUGACUACGGCAGUGCUGCUGCGAGCCUCAAGGAGGCGCUGUUUCACAGUGAUCAGGAUGCAGACGCCUGGGCUCUGAAUGGUCACUGUCAGUACCUGCAAGGGGCAUUCAGUGAUGCCCAGGAGAGCUAUGAGCGGAGCCGGAACUUCCUGCAGCAGCCAUCAGACUCUCACCUUGUCCUCCUCCGCUUGGGAUCCAUCUACCUACAGCAGAGGAAGUUUGAGCAAGCCAAAGUGGUCUACCUGCAGGCUUGUGAGCAGUCCCCGUCCUGCCUGACCUGGCUGGGCCUGGGCACCGCCUGUUACCGGCUGGAGGAGCUGUGUGUAGCCGAGGAAGCUUUGACUGAGGCCAACCAUUUGAACAACCUGAACGCAGAGGUGUGGGUUUACCUGUCUCUGAUUUGUCUCAGGUCUGGCAGACAAGAGGAAGCAGAGCAGUUUCAUAAAUAUGCCAUAAGGUUCAACCUGCAGGAGGAGUCACUCCUCAAAGAGUUCCGUGAGCUGAAGAGUCAGCUCCGCUUCAGUCAUCUGGCUUCAUGCUUUGGAGCAAAGUCUGAAACAGGGCUUUAA